CAUAUUUAUUGUCACUGUCAAGACGAUUUACUCCACAUUCACGUCGUUAUCUGCGUACUAAAUUUGUGUAUGUACUUUAAGGUUUGCUGCACUGAAACUAAAAAUAAUUACGAAUCGACAAACUCAUUCCCCGUCAGACAAAACGGUGGGAACAAAGUCUGAAGGAACUUUCUGUACAGUUCGUGUUCUCGCUGCUUGCGCGGCUGAAGGAACACUUCCUGUGCGAGAACUAAUAGCCGACUCAGACCGGGGUCACGUGUCACUUUCUUCUGAAGUUCACAUAAACGCUUAACAUUUCCAGCAGCAGGAGAACCAUGGGCCGCCUGGAUGGAAAAGUGAUUGUGCUGUCAGCGGCAGCGCAGGGGAUCGGACGUGCUGCAGCAAUAGCAUUUGCGAAAGAAGGAGCUCUCGUCACAGCAACAGACGUCAACGGGGAAUUGCUGAAAGAACUCGACGGGAUUCCAGGGAUAAAGACCAAGGUUGUGGAUGUGACCAAGAAUGACCAAGUGGAAGCUCUGGCCAAGGAGCUUGACCAUGUAGACGUGCUGUUCAAUGUAGCUGGCUUUGUGCACCAUGGCACCAUCUUGGACUGUGAAGAGGCCGACUGGGACUUCACCAUGGAUUUGAAUGUCAAGAGCAUGUACCGGAUGUGCAAGGCUUUCCUGCCUAAGAUGUUGGAAAGGAAAUCAGGAAACAUUAUCAACAUGGCCUCUGUUGUAUCAACCAUUAAAGGUGCUGUCAACCGUUUUGUCUAUGCUACCUCAAAAGCCGCGGUAAUAGGGUUGAGCAAAUCUAUUGCGGUUGAUUUCAUCGAGAAAGGCAUUCGUUGUAAUUGUAUUUGUCCCGGUACGGUCGAUACCCCAUCCUUGAGAGGCAGGAUCCAGGCUCAACCUGACCCAGAGCAGGCAUAUAAGGAUUUCAUGGCAAGACAGAAAAUUGGCAGAAUGUGUACAGCUGAAGAAGUGGCUUACCUGUGUGUUUACCUGGCCUCAGAUGAGUCAGCCUACGUGACAGGAACUGAACACAUCAUUGACGCAGGAUGGAGACUGUGAAAACAUUGUGGCAACAGUGGAGUCACUUGUUUGCAGAUGAAGGAAUUGUAAAUGAAGAGUGCACAGUAUAAUUAUUUUGCUUGUACCAUAACAUGGCAAAUGCUGGUAAUUAGAGAGUUCCCAGACAGGAGAGGUUAUUACUCAUCAAAAAUCAAUAAUUGUAAAAAUAAAUAAAGUGCCUGCUUUAACAAAGCACUUUUUCAUAUAAAAAAUAAAAACUGUGUACAGCAUUGUCAACUCUGAACUCUGAAAGAUUCUCAUUUUUACACUCCCUGUGUUUUCUCUUUUUUUUUCCUGUGUCUUCUCUAUUUCAUUAUUUGCAUCUGUCUGCACUAAUCUCUGCCCACAACCCAGUGUAUGAUUAAUGAUUUGCUGGGUAUGUUAUUAAUUAGAUACUUGACAACAUUAUUAGUCAUGCAGACAUUUUAAAACACAUUACAAGAAAGCCAUUAAAUGAGAAACUCACUUUGUUUUUCUGAGCAAGUCAUGGUCAAUUAAGGUCCACAUGCUGGACCUUCAGGUCCCUUAAAAGCCAUUACAAAAGCACAGUGCUAUAAUGCACAAUGUCAACUAAUUAUAGAUCGUUAACCAGAAGAGGACAAACUUUUAAAAUUUUAAUUCUCCCCUUGGACUAAAGACUAAAUGAUUGACUAACUUUUUUUUUUUUUUUACUCAUUAACACUGCUGCUCAGGAAAAACCACAAAAAGGCCUGGCUGAUCAAUGAUAAAUGAAUUGCAUAAUGCCUGGCAGGAAAACACUUGAUAACAACCUGAAGGUAAAAUGUGCACACAUAUACACACAACUCCAAGUUUGUGUCUCCUUUGGGGCAAUUCAGAGACCAAGGGCACUAUCUGUUAUCUGUUGCCCUUUGGUAUUCAUGUUCAUAAAACAUGAUAAGGUGAAGCACUGUUGGUAUUGGCUUCUUUACUUUUACUACAGUAUACUGAUUCAUCUCAAAAUGUGUUGUGCCUUUAAACUCUGUUGUGUAUGUGUCAAACCUGCUGUUGUCAAGACCAAAUUUCCACUAUGUGGGAUUAAUAAAAUCUAAUUAAAUCUUAUACU